AGCGGAUUUUUCGUUCCAAACAAUCUACAGGCCUGCUUGAGAAGUAGGGCCCAAAAGGAACAGAAGCCCGGUUGAACACAGUGAAUGAAAUCAGGUUGAAAGUGGAGCACCUUUCGAACGAUUGGAUAGGAAAGCAUGAUAAAUUUCAAGGAAGGAUAGGUAAAGAAGAUGAGAGGAAGACCAAAACUUUGGAUUCUGAGACUUUCCAAUUCACCGUUUUCUCCAAAAUCGUCUCGAUAGCCAUCGGGUGAAAUUAUCAUUAUGCUGUGAGAGGAAUCUCUAAUCAUCGCUCGAAUAAGAUUUCUAUAGCAAACGGAGACUCCAUUGGAGUCGUAAAGAAACGGCUCAAUAAGAAAGAGGUACUUUGGCAUUUUAUGUGGUAUUUUGAGCGCCCUUUAAUCUUCCAGAAUCGCUAAUUUGAGGAUUUAAAGGCUUAAAAGUGAGAACGUCUGCUUUUGAAGUUUUCUCUUUUCGUGGUUUGCGGUAAUGGACGAGCGCAUGAAAAUUGAAAACUUGUUGUCGCCUCUUUAUUAUUCUUCUGUGAUUCAUCUAGAUAAGGAUACUUUGUACGGUGUUCGCUUCCUGUUUCGUGAUGCUGACUUUUUCGUGACCAAGUUUGAGAACUGCAUUGUACGUGUUUACCCUUCUGGGCUUACACAGAUCACAGUUAGUGCUUUAAAUGAACGAGAAGCUGUCACUAAUAUGGAGAAAUGCAAAGAAUGGCUUAAGGAACGCAAGCUGACACAAGUUUAUCCUAUUCAAAGAUAUUGGUUGAGAAGCCAUAGAAUGAAUUCCACAAAUCUGUUUCCUCGUCUUGAAAGUAAGAAUUAAACGGAAGGUUGGGUGGUGGCGCUGCACUUCUUUCUUGAACGAUGCGUCUUUCCAGUUUGACGAGUUGGUUUUGGGCUCUGCAUAAAGAAAUGUCUUUUUUU